AUGGAAGGGGCGAAGAAAGACCUGUCAAUCGACGAUGACUAUCAGUCGUGCGUCUUCUUGAUAACCAAUGCAGGCUUUGCCAAGCGGAGCAAGCAGGAGUUUCGGACCCUUUCGCAGGAGCUCGAGUCGUACGGCCCCGGACUGUCCGGAUGGUUCGAAGUCUACGCAGCCAAUCCCGGAAGUGGGCGCCCGUCCCCCAUUUUUUUGCGGGUGGUAAACGCAUUUCUUGAGAGGUGGUCGCCCGAAAAUACACUGAAGGAGUCGGAGGGCUUCAGCUACCACGCGGCGACCACCAGCUUUCACAUAAGCCGCGAGGUUUGGGAGGGUUUGGACGCAGGGUUCAGGCGCGACUUUGACGCGGCGCGGGAAAGAUUGGGGAAGCCACUGAACUCGUGUGUUUCGAUGGCAAAGAUCUUGACCCUGAUGAUGGUCGAUAUCGAGCGGAACAGAAAGGUUUGGCUGACUGGCGCGCUCUACUCGAAAGCUUUCAGGGAGGCGGCCGCGCGGCCGCGCUGCGUGAUGCGGCCGCGCCGCGUGAUGCGGCCAGGGAAUGUCCGAUGCGUCUCAGUCACGAUGAUCUUUGAUGCGUUUGCCGGAUGCGACCGCGGCGGCGAGCGCGCCUCCAGAACGCGCGCACCCCCUCCCUUUCUCGCGCGCAGCAUGCGCCGAACGCGGCGCCCCGAGCCCGGGCUCGGUCGUGGAGCCACAAACCAAGCCGCUGAAACCGAUUCCGGUGUCUCGACGGAACCGGACAAAGUCUCUCAGGUCUUCCGCCUCAGCGGUGCAUACGAGGACUCGGAAGAGAGCCGAUCCGAUUGGCGAUUCAAGCGCGGCCGCGGCCAAGGCGACGCGGCCGCGGCUCCCAAAGCCGCGACCAACAAAGUCGCGGCCGCCAGAGUCGUGCCAGAAACCGUGGCCGCGACCGCGGCCGAGACCCAGUCGCGUGCGCCGGAUCAGGGCGACCCGGUAUGGGAGGUGGCCGUGCAGCACGUCGCCGCCAUGCUCAGGAACGGGGUCCGGGGUCUGUUGCUGGACGGCGCUGAAAGAGCCCGGGACGAGCGGUCGGGGGAAAUAGAGGUCGAGAAGGAAUGA